GCUGCUCUACUCCGAGCCACCUCUGGCAGCAAAGCCCAACACCUUAAAAUAUAACAUUAAACCAAAAAAAAACUGGAAAACUUGUGAGGGUGGUUUUAUAAAUGAAAAGGUGCAGUUAACGUUCAAAAAUUAUUUCUUUUUCGUGCAUCUGGAUCAUACUACUAACACGCAUUAAUACAGUUAUUGAAAUGGCUUGCAAUUUUUUGGCACCGAGAGCAGUAGACCUUAAAACCAAUUCCGACACACUUUCUGAAAUUUCGGAGACGGGAACUGGAACUUCCGGCUGGGGGUCUGGAUGGGAAGAUUGCAGGGAAGAUCUCGUUGACUUUAUUGCAAAAAUUGGGCUUCGAGAAGGUGAGGAACUCUACCAAGUUAGAUUUCGAGUUGACAGAAAAAAGUUGGAGCACAUGCUCAUAGGAGACAAUGAAGCCCCUGAGCCAGCUGAUACUUUUUUCCUCAAAAUCAUGGAGGACACGAACACUCAUAUUACUUGGCCUAGUAGAUUAAAAGUUGGAGCCAGAUCCAAAAAAGAUCCCCAUGUCCGAAUAGCAGGAAGACCAAACGAUGUUCACACUGCAAAAGAAAGAAUUAUGACGGUCCUGGACACAAGAAGCAAUCGGGUAAUCAUGAAGAUGGACGUAAGCUACACAGACCACUCACAUAUAAUAGGGAAGGGAGGCCAUAGCAUCAAAAGGGUAAUGGAGGAAACUCAGUGUCACGUGCAUUUUCCAGAUUCGAACAGAUCAAACCCCACUGAAAAGAGUAAUCAGGUUUCCAUCGCAGGCGAUAUCGAAGGGGUUGAAAGAGCAAGAGGACGUGUCAGGAAUGAAAUUCAUGUGCAAAUGUCAAUGGAAAUCUCACCGCAACACCAUUCCAUUGUAACUGGGAAGAAUCACGCAAACUUGAAGGCUAUAAUGCAAAGGACCAAUACGCAAAUCAUGUUUCCUGACGCUAAAGAUCCAAAUAUACCGAGUCUGAAGAAGAAUCCCCAUGUCCGAAUAGCAGGAAGACCAAACGAUGUUCACACUGCAAAAGAAAGAAUUAUGACGGUCCUGGACACAAGAAGCAAUCGGGUAAUCAUGAAGAUGGACGUAAGCUACACAGACCACUCACAUAUAAUAGGGAAGGGAGGCCAUAGCAUCAAAAGGGUAAUGGAGGAAACUCAGUGUCACGUGCAUUUUCCAGAUUCGAACAGAUCAAACCCCACUGAAAAGAGUAAUCAGGUUUCCAUCGCAGGCGAUAUCGAAGGGGUUGAAAGAGCAAGAGGACGUGUCAGGAAUUUGACGCCUUUAAUAUUCAGCUUUGAACUGCCAAUAAUGCCAGUCUCACCGGACGCCAAUACUUCAUACGUUGUGGAAAUACAAAAACAAUACAAUGUUCAAGUCAUGUUUCGAACACGCCCAAAACUGCACGCAACAUCGGUUAUGGUCAAAGGAGUUGAGUGGGAAGUGCAGCAAACCAAACAAGCUACCAUUCUUCUUAUGCAAUACAUAUGUGACAAUUUAGCUGGCUCCUUACCCUUAGUAUUAAUGUUUGACUUACCAGAAGACGCUCCAAAUUUGCAAAUAGAACCCGAACAAAUUUCCAAAAUUCAGUCGCAGUUGGACGUGGUGAUUAAUAUUAGGCAUAAAGCAAAACAAAAUAUCAUGGGCUGUGUUAUUAAAGGAAUUGAAAGGUGUGCAACUAAUAUAUACGAGGCAAGAAAUCGCAUUCUAGGAAUAAAAGAAGCUGCCAUUGUUGCAGACAUUCCAUCUUCAUAUUUUCCUCCCCAAGUUUAUCCUAUUACAAACGGUCCCCCUUCAAUUAAUGUUCAACCUGUUUCUCCAUUAAUAAGCCCCUUGUUUUCGCCCACGUGGCAAUAUUCCAAUCCUUCAACUUCUUACACUCAUCAACCACCUUUCACGGGGGUGUUUCAACCCCAACUGGUGUACAGUAUGAUGCAAGGGACUAUGAGUACUAGUGGGUACUUGUCGGCGAAUUCCUGCUCUACUGAUCCAAACAAGGACAAUACAGCCCAUUCCUCAAUAUCAAGCUCAGGUUCAGUGGCGAGCCCAAUUGCAAGUCCGAAAAAUGUAUCUCCGUGCUACAAACAAAGAAACUCCAAUGACUCACCUUUAGAGCGAACUGAAUUGUCAUCCGUACUAUCAGAAAUGAACAUGUCAGGAAGUUACCAUGGACCUACAGUUAACAAAAGACAGGAUACUACUUUUCCGCAAUAUCCACUACAUGACUAUGAACAGAGACGAUUGGCUGGUUUUAGAGCUAUGCAGUCUCGUUCGACAGGGUACAGAGUACCAACUAGUACGUGGUCUGGAUAUGGUAUAAGUCAUACUAGCCCUGGUGUCAUACAAACUGACACAAGUGCCAGCCAAGAGAAGGAAAAUAUUUGGAAAUCACCUUCAGCUCAAAUUGAUCAGCCCCAACCAUGUGCUUCUUCAGGUUUAAUGAACAUUAGCAACAUCACGGAAAAUACCCCUACAAAUGUAGUAAAUCGAAUCACCAAUUCUAAAUGGCGAGACUUGCCAUCUUUGUUAGCAUCACUGGGCUUGGAAAAGUAUAUAGGAAUUUUUGAAUCUCAUGAAGUUGACUUAGCAACUUUCUCUUCCUUAACAGACGAAGAUUUGGUAGGGAUAGGAGUACAUGCGUUUGGAGCACGCAGAAAAAUGUUGUUAGCCAUCUCAGACUAG